GUACAGCCGUUGCUUCUACACCUGCAUUGCUUGCUGUUUGGGGGUUUUAGGCUGGGUUUCUGUACAGCACUUGGAGACAUCAGCUGAUGUAAAAACAGUUUUGUAAAUACAUUUGAUUUGAUUGCUGGUAGGUGUACAGCCAUUGGUUGAUUCUUCCACAGACAGACACAGAUGGUUUCUGAAACGGUAGUAAACCUAAGGUCAGGUACUGCUGCUGGUGUCUGUGGUCAGAUUUAUAUAUAUAUAUAUAUCUCUCAAGUCCAGUUCACCAGUUAGAGGGGUUUAGUGUGAGCUUGUUCCAACAGACUGAUCAGACUCGACCAAUAGAGUCUCAGGAACACAGUUCCAAGGAGUGCUGAUCUAGGAUCAGGUCCCCACCUGGUUACAACAAUCCUAUUCAUGAUGAUCUAACAGGCUAAACUGAUCUAGGAUCAGGUCCCCACCUGGUUACAACAAUCCUAUUCAUUAUGAUCUAACAGGCUAAACUGAUCUAGGAUCAGGUCCCCACCUGGUUACAACAAUCCUGUUCAUUAUGAUCUAACAGGCUAAACUGAUCUAGGAUCAGGUCCCCACCUGGUUACAACAAUCCUAUUCAUGAUGAUCUAACAGGCUAAACUGAUCUAGGAUCAGGUCCCCACCUGGUUACAACAAUCCUGUUCAUUAUGAUCUAACAGGCUAAACUGAUCUAGGAUCAGGUCCCCACCUGGUUACAACAAUCCUAUUCAUUAUGAUCUAACAGGCUAAACUGAUCUAGGAUCAGGUCCCCACCUGGUUACAACAAUCCUGUUCAUUAUGAUCUAACAGGCUAAACUGAUCUAGGAUCAGGUCCCCACCUGGUUACAACAAUCCUAUUCAUGAUGAUCUAACAGGCUAAACUGAUCUGAGAUCAGCGUUCCUGCCCUGAGAGGCUUUGUGGAUACCAGCCCCAGAAUAUUCAGUUUUUUACUCUGAUCCAGUCUAGAUGUUACAGUAUGGUACACUUAGAAAUGGGACAGACACAAAUCUGCAUUUUUAAUCGUAUGUUAUCAUACCUAAAAGACACGCACACCUGGAAUUGUCCUCGACGCAGUGACGUCUUUCUCUGUCCUCGACGCGGUGUCGUCUGUCUCUGUCCUCGACGCAGUGACGUCUCUCUCUGUCCUCGACGCAGUGACGUCUCUCUCUGUCCUCGACGCGGUGUCGUCUGUCUCUGUCCUCGACGCAGUGACGUCUCUCUCUGUCCUCGACGCAGUGUCGUCUGUCUCUGUCCUCGACGCGGUGUCGUCUGUCUCUGUCCUCGACGCAGUGUCGUCUGUCUCUGUCCUCGACGCGGUGUCGUCUGUCUCUGUCCUCGACGCAGUGACGUCUCUCUCUGUCCUCGACGCGGUGACGUCUCUCUCUGUCCUCGACGCGGUGACGUCUCUCUGUGUCCUCGACGCGGUGACGUCUCUCUCUGUCCUCGACGCGGUGUCGUCUGUCUCUGUCCUCGACGCGGUGUCGUCUUUCUCUGUCCUCGACGCGGUGUCGUCUUUCUCUGUCCUCGACGCGGUGUCGUCUGUCUCUGUCCUCGACGCGGUGUCGUCUCUCUCUGUCCUCGACGCGGUGACGUCUUUCUCUGUCCUCGACGCGGUGACGUCUCUUUCUGUCCUCGACGCGGUGUCGUCUGUCUCUGUCCUCGACGCGGUGACGUCUCUCUCUGUCCUCGACGCGGUGUCGUCUCUCUCUGUCCUCGACGCGGUGUCGUCUCUCUCUGUCCUCGACGCGGUGUCGUCUCUCUCUGUCCUCGACGCGGUGACGUCUCUCUCUGUCCUCGACGCGGUGUCGUCUCUCUCUGUCCUCGACGCGGUGUCGUCUCUCUCUGUCCUCGACGCGGUGUCGUCUCUCUCUGUCCUCGACGCGGUGUCGUCUCUCUCUGUCCUCGACGCGGUGACGUCUCUCUCUGUCCUCGACGCGGUGUCGUCUCUCUCUGUCCUCGACGCGGUGUCGUCUCUCUCUGUCCUCGACGCGGUGUCGUCUUUCUCUGUCCUCAACAGUGACGUCUCUCUGUCCUCAACGCGGUGUCGUCUCUCUCUGUCCU